GGGGCAACGAAGGGUGUAACUCGAACCCGGGUCCCCCUCCCUGCUGUGCCCCUCGGCGCGCUCGUAGUCCCAGCCGCUGCAUCUGGGCGGCGGCCGGGUCUGAACCCCGCCCAGCGGUUCGCACGCGGCCGCCACCUGACCCGGAGCCCCGGGGCGGAGCGGGGCGGAGCGGGCGGCAAACGCAGCACUUUCCGCCGCUUUGACUAGCCCGUGGCCGCCCGCGGCAGCGCAGAGCCAGGCAGACAGCGCGCCAUGCAGGAAACGCCGCUGCCCGCGGAGCCGGGCCCCAGCCUCGUGCCUGCCUUCCUGGGCAAGCUGUGGGCACUGGUGGGAGACCCGGCCACCGACCACCUGAUCCGCUGGAGCCCGAGCGGGACCAGUUUCCUGGUGGGCGACCAGAGCCGCUUCGCCAAAGAAGUGCUGCCCCAGUACUUCAAGCACAGCAACAUGGCGAGCUUCGUGCGGCAACUCAACAUGUACGGCUUCCGGAAGGUGGUGAGCCUGGAGCAGGGUGGCCUGCUUCGGCCCGAGCGUGACCACGUCGAGUUCCAGCAUCCCAGCUUCCUGCGCGGCCGCGAGCAGCUCCUGGAACGCGUGCGGCGCAAGGUGCCUGCGUUGCGCACUGAAGAUCGCUGGCGCCCGGGGGACCUGGGCCGGCUGCUGGGCGAGGUGCAGGCCCUGCGGGGCGUGCAAGAGAGCACGGAGGCGCGGCUGCGGGAGCUCAGGCAGCAGAGCGAGAUCCUGUGGCGGGAGGUGCUGGCGCUGCGGCAGAGCCAAGGGCGGCAGCAGCACGUGAUGGCCAAGCUGAUUCAGUGCCUCAUUGGGCCCCUUCAGGGGGGCUCCACCAGCAUCGCAGGAGCAAAGAGGAAGCUGUCCCUGAUGCUGGAGGAGGGCAGCCCAACACCGGCCAAGUUCAACGCCUGCCACCUACCUGGGGACCAGCAGGAGCCCUGCUUUCUCUACUCGCCCCUCCCAGACGCCACGCUGGGCCCCAGCCUCUCUGACAUCCCAGAGGCCUCACUCUCCCCGGAAGGGACCCGGCUUUUUCCUUCCAGUGGCAUUAGGAGGGAGACAGGCCUGGCACUGCUCAAAGAAGAGCCCGCCAGCCCUGGGGGGCCCAGUGAGGCUGGGCCAGCCCCGGCCACUGCUGAGUGUGACUUCAGUGUGCCAGGGCCCCCGCGGCUGCCUGUGGCCAUGGUGCAGGCCAUUCUGGAAGGGAAAGGGAGCUUCUGUCCUGAGGCGCCCAGCAGCACCCACCAGCCUGAGCUGCGGGGUCCCAGGGAAGCCGCUAACAGGGGGUCUCUGGGCCCAGAGAGGCACGGCCACAGCUCAGAGAGUCUGCUGCCUGCAGUGCUGCUGCCAGGACCCCCUGAGAAUGUGGAGCGGGCAGGCCCCCUUGAUGCACUGGGCAGCAGCCUGCAGGGGCGCGAAUGGGGCCUGCCGGACUUGGAUAUGGAGCUGUCCCUGAUGCAGCCCUUGGUUCCAGAGGGGGGUGAGACUGAGUUGGCAGUCAAGGGGUUAAACUCCUCAGGCCAAGGCAGCGCUGCCGCACUUGGGCCACCACUCCUGCUGGACGCCCAGUCGGCUUUGGGAAGCCCACUCCUCGGCCUGCCCGGAGCUUUAGCCAUGUGCCACCACCCCGAGAGCCAGGCAUCCUACUUGGGCUCGGGUGCCAACCCCUCUGGCUGAGACCAGCUCCAAGGGGCAGGCCAGCUGCUGCCCCCACCUCGGUUUCCUGGCGCCCCCUGGCGGAAGCUGAGCAAAGGUCCUGCUGCUUGGCUCCCCUCUCUUUACCAAGCUCUGCCCAUAAACUGCA